UGGCGACGUCAGAUUUUGUUGCAUCAAUCCCCCCUCAACAGCCGACGAAAAUAGUUAUUGUUUUGUGAAGAAUUGUUGUCAGCUUAUAAAGAUUAGGUGCAGCCUAAAGUUCAUCACACACCGCCUCGCUCUCACGUCUCAAGGGGUCAGGGCUGCCUAAAACGUGCUCGUAUAAGUCUGGGGAUAACUACAUGAUGGACGCAGUAUUUCUUUGUGCGUUCAUGAGUCUUUGGAGCUUCACAGCCGAAGGAAGUCGCAGUGCGCUUAAUGACUACCAGCGCUCGGAGGGCAGGGAGCUGGUUGCGGUGUGGAAUGCAGACAGGGUGCGCCUGCUCACCGGCCUCACUCUGGAGCAGUGCGCCCAGACAUGCACCGAGGGACUGGACUGCAGGGCAUUCAACUACGAGACCCGUCCAAGCAUCUCUUGUAAACAGCUCCCAUGGGUCAGGGACGGAGACAACACAGAAGUCAAGAGGAAUGUCAACUGUGACUUUUACGAAAAGAAAGUGUAUGUCAGGAAGUGCAUCGUGGGUAAAGGGGAGGACUACCGUGGGAAGGUGUCGGUGACAAAGAACGGCCACAAGUGCCAGCAAUGGUGGUCCAAGUUUCCUCACGACCACAGAUGGACUCCCACCGCCACCAAUGGGCUUGAGCUGAACUACUGUCGCAACCCAGACGGAGACCCCAUUGGGCCCUGGUGCUACACCACCCAUGCUGAGCAUCGCUACGAGAGCUGCAACAUCCCACACUGCAAAGACGAGGUGUGUAUCACGUGUAAUGGGGAGGACUACAGGGGCCAGGUGGACCACACUGUGAGCGGCCGCGAGUGCCAGCGAUGGGACCAGCAGCACCCUCACCAACACAUCUACCAGCCGGAGAAGUACCCUGAGAAGAGUCUGGAUGAUAACUACUGCCGUAACCCUGAUGCGUCCCCCGUGCCCUGGUGCUACACCACCGACCCCCUCAUGGAGCGGGAGGAGUGCCAGAUCAGCCGCUGCACGGAGGCUCCUAAGCGGACUCGGCUGCGCUCCGUCACCACCAACUGUUUCCGUGGACGCGGGGAGGACUACCGUGGCAAGGUGAACGAGACCACCUCGGGCAUCGCCUGCCAGCGCUGGGAGUCCCAGACGCCACACCCGCACCCCUUCUUCCCACAGACAUACGAGUGCAAGGGUCUGGAAGAGAACUACUGCAGGAAUCCGGACGGUUCUGAGGCGCCCUGGUGCUUCACCUCUGUCCCAGAGAUGCGGACCGCACUGUGCCUGCAGAUCAAGCGCUGUGCUGAUGACAUUGAGGCUGAAGAUUGCUAUCAUGACAAUGGGAAGAACUACAGGGGGACUGUCCACAAGACCCGCAAGGGCAUCAACUGCCAAAAAUGGAGCAGCCACACCCCACACAAAACCAAGAUCAACCCAAAGAUGAACCCGGAUGCUAACCUGACAGAGAACUUCUGCCGUAACCCAGACGGGGACCAGCACGGGCCAUGGUGCUACACCACAGAUCCCAAGACCGAGUUUGAUUACUGUGCCAUCAAACGCUGUGAUGGAGUUGUCAUUGAGCCCAGUAUUGGACCUCCAGCCACAGAUGAAGUGGAGUUUAGUGAGUGUGGAAAGAGGGAUGACCGGCCCAACCCAAGGGUGAGGAUCGUGGGAGGGGCACCCGGAAACUCCCCGUGGACCGUCAGCCUCAGAAACAGAAAAGGGGACCAUUUCUGUGGGGGAUCUCUGGUGAAUUCCCAAUGGAUCAUCAGCACCAAACAGUGCUUCUCCUCCUGCUAUGUUGAUCUGACCGGCUACUCAGCAGUGAUGGGCACUCUGUUCCGCGAUCCUAAAUCGAGUGAGCCGGACAGGCAGGUUAUUGCCCUCACCAAGAUCGUCUGCGGACCCUCAGAGUCCCACCUGGUCAUGCUACAGCUGGAAACGCCAGUGCAGUUUAAUGAGCGCGUGUCUCUGAUAUGCCUGCCCCCGGAGAGGCACAUUGUCAAAGAGGGCACCCCGUGCGAGAUCGCUGGCUGGGGGGAGACCAAAGGCACGGCGGAUGAGACGGUGCUGAACAUUGCUCAGAUGCCCGUCAUCAGCAACAAAGAAUGCAACAAGUACUUCCGGGGUCGCGUCAAGGAGAACGAGAUGUGCACCAGGUCUUUCCAUGGAGGCGUGGGCGCAUGCGAGCGUGACUACGGCGGUCCCCUGGCAUGCCAGUACAGUGACUGCUGGGUGCUGGAGGGCGUGAUCAUCCCCAUGCGGCGCUGCGGCAUCGCCGACCAGCCCAACAUCUUCAUCCGCGUCUCCGUCUACGUGGACUGGAUCAAGAAGGUCAUGGUUAUGGCCUAGGGCUCCCGUGCAGUACAGUCUGUGGUGUUCAGUCAACACUUAGGGAGUUAGUGCCUAGGCUAGGGCUGCCUCAAUUAUGGGGAAAAAAUCAACAUCGCGAUUAUUUCAGUCAAUAUUGAUAUCACGAUUUAUUAUUAGCGAUUUUCUAUUUAAGAAAAAACAAUUGCGCCAAACAAUCACAAUCUUCCCUCCCUUCAGCGGCGUGAGUGGAGAGCCAUAGAGAAAACCACAGCGGUGCUAUGCAUGAGUGUUAGUUAGCAAGUCUACUCUAGGGGAAAGUAUUGCGUGUUACAUCCAUUUUGGCAGUAUAGACAAAUGACAAAAAAAAAAUUCAACUGGAUUUUAUGAAAUUUUAUAUCAUUUGACAGCAAUAUUGAUAUCGCGAUACAAGCUCAAUAUAUUGCACAGCCCUACUAUGAGUGUUACAUUUGAUUAACCUGGAUCUCACUAGAUGAAUAAGCCGAGCUUUGCGGAUCACAUAUCUGGCAAGAGACAGGUUCAAAUGUGACUCUCCUAAGUGUUGAAUGAACACUGCAUAGUUGACUGUGCACCCCCACCCCCCAGAGACAGUUCACCUGCCCAUCCCCCAAACCCUCACCCCUUCCGUUAACGACCAUCAUCCCCCACCCCUAUCCCUGCCAUUGCUUCUGAUCGACCGUAUUGGCCGAAAGCUAGGAAUGUGUGCAGUUUUCAGCUGUUAUUUUUAUUUGUGAAUCCUCUUUCUUUGCUUUCAUGCUAUUUUUUUGUGUCUGCCGUGACUUCCAGUCAGGAUGACUGUGCAAAGUGAUAGUCAAAGUUAAAACGUUGUCUGUAUGUUUAUGUGUAAUGCAUGUGUUGGUUCUUGUAAGCAAGGCAGGGAUGGUAGUCAAACAGAGACUGAUGAUGGCAACCCCCUUGAAGUUUAACCGUAUCUCUGACUGUGCACUCUCGUUGUUUUACUCACAACCCCCCUGUAUUUUUUGAGGGAAUGCACAGCUAAACAACUAAGGAACGUGCGACUAAGUUAUCAUUUCUCUGAUAACGGCUGCCUGCGUCACGGUCCUGAGUGCGACUGGUGGGGGGAGUCCUUUUAAAAACGAUGCUCUCUAAUUUGCGUAAGUGACAAGAGCAUCUAGUGACGCAUUCACACUUCCGCUCCUGUGGCCAUUGCCUCUGGUUUGUUUGGUCGUCAAGUGCAACAGCUUUGUAAGCAAGGCAGUCUGGCAACAAGCAGCACAGCUGGCGUACGACUGCUUGCCUGUGUUGCGUGUGAAAGAAAACCACAGGCUCCACCACCCAUGACUGCACCCCAUAGGACUACAUCACCACCUACAACUACAGUACUGUUGCAUUACGCAACCCUUUGCCAUCGCCCAACACCAGCCCACUGCAGAACCCAGCGGAGUCGCGUCGUUGCCAAGCACAAGUUGAUGUCUUGUCUUUCUGCCUUUUCUACUAUACUUUCUUGUUGUAUGGUACUUUUCUCUAUCUUGAAUAAUAAUAAUAAUAAUAAUAAUAAUAAUAAUAAUACAUUUUAUUUGGAAGCGCUUUUCUGAACACUAAAGGUCACUGUACAACAUUAAAACAUCAAUAAAAGCAGACAUAAUAAGUAAUAACAAUAGCAUAGACCUCAAAAGCACAUAAACAUGAAAAAAGAAAAGAGUGGGUAUUAACAUUUUUGCAACAUUUCUCUACAGUCUGCACUUCUGUCCCUGUUUUCAGCCCCGCUCCUGAAUAUGAAAUGUUCAGAUUAGGGGUGCGCAAAAAAAUUUGUCAUGGCCAUGCAUCGCGAUACUUACUUUAACGAUAUACUGCAUUGAUUCAUGACAAGGUAUUGCGAUACUUAUUUUCAUGAUAUACUGCAUCGAUUCAUGGCAAUCGAUUGUUUAAUAAUAAUAAAACUCUAUUUGUCACUGGGUUUUUUGUUCAGUAGAGAGUAGGUAAUAUUUAUGUUGUGAUGGAAACCUCUCUCCCAGAUGCUAAAAUGCUUAAAUAAAAUGAACUGACUUAUGAAUACUACAAAGCAACUCACAAAUAAGCUGUAUUUUUACUCAUUCACUGAAGCAUAUAUCGCAAUGCAUUGCAAUAGAACAUGAAUCGCAAUGCAUCGUGUAGAAUCGCAGUGUGGCAUUGUGUAUCGUGAUCCGCAUUGAAUCGUGAACCCUUUGCCAGUACCCACCCCUAGUUCAGAUGCAAAACCCUCGGAAUACGUUAUGAUGAGGCUGUAUUCCUAUAGAUUUAGUACACUUAAAAAAUCAAUCAGUCCAUCUAAUUUCGUUUCAGCUUGACCUUGAGCUAGAGAAUAGCUUUAAUUGGCUUUUUGAUUGUGACUACUUGAUGAAAAUGCUAUUUAAAAAUGAGGCAACACUUCAGAAUAACUACCUAUUCACAGCUUUAUAAACACUUUAUAAAUAAUGAACUAAUUAUCAACAAAAUGUUUGCAAAUGUUUAUAAAGGGGCAAGAAAUACUGUUAACACAGUAGACACAGCGCAGUUGCAUCAGUCCUGGAAGUUUCUCCUCUAAAGACCAGAAGGCAUGAAACCACAUAAAACUCACACAGUAGAAGUUGAUUCCCACUCCACUGUGCAGUCGUAGUUUGGUUAUUACUCAUUUACAAACAUUUGUAAAUGCUUUGUUAAAUGUUAAUUAUUAUUAAAUGUUAAUAAAGUGUUUAUAAAACAUAGUUCUUCCAAAGUGAUACCAAAAAUGACAUUUUACAGAUUUUUGGAACGACUUUUAGCUGGGUUUGCAUCUGAACUCUUUUGUUAUUCUGCUGCAGAGGCCAAUGGAGUUGCCUCAUUGCCAAACAAAGUGGAUGUCUGUCUUUCUACAGUUACAGUAUAAUUCUUGUUGUAUGGUACUUUUCUUUACACUUCUGUCCCCAUGUUCCGCCCCUCCUGAAUAUUAUUGUUCUUCCGACAAUCUUUCAACCUGGAGCAUAGCGUAUUCACACAUGUUUGCUCCCAAUGUGUACAAUACAGAGAACAGAGAUCUUA